UCUUCAAACUAGGGUUUACAAUCUGAGCUGCGUGAAUACUCUUACUCUUUGGAGCGGAUCUAUCAGGAGGAGCUUCUACCCUCGAAGAGUUGCAAAGAUGUACACUUUCAGGAAGAAGAUCCACAAAGAUAAGGAUGUUGAGCCAACUGAAUUCGAAGAGUCUAUUGGACAGGCUUUGUUUGAUCUUGAAAAUACCAAUACGGAGCUGAAAAGCGAACUGAAAGAUUUAUACAUAAAUUCAGCUGUUCAAGUUGAUGUGUCUGGGGGUCGAAAGGCUGUUGUUAUCCACGUUCCCUUCAGAUUAAGGAAAGGUUUCCGGAAGAUUCAUGUUAGACUUGUUAGAGAGCUUGAGAAGAAGUUCAGUGGCAAGGAUGUAGUGUUGAUUGCCACCCGUAGGAUAGUGAGGCCGCCAAAGAAAGGAUCUGCAGUUCAGCGCCCUCGCAACCGUACCCUCACUGCUGUGCAUGAGGCAAUGCUUGAGGAUAUUGUAUUGCCUGCUGAGAUUGUUGGGAAGCGUGUUAGGUAUCGUGUUGAUGGGUCGACAAUCAUGAAGGUUUUCUUGGAUCCCAAGGAACGAAACAACACUGAGUACAAGUUGGAGACUUUUGCUGCAGUAUACAGGAAACUUUCAGGCAAAGAUGUGGUGUUUGAUUACCCUGCACAAGAGGCCUAGAUUCUCCCUUUGUUAGAUUCUCCCUUUGUUGGUAGUUUUGAAUUUCGUCAUCAAUUUUACAUGGUGGAUACUGGUUAAAAUUUUGUUCAAGUGCCUUUCAUGCUGGGCUUCCGUUAGUAUUGUUGAGAAAGAUACUAUUACCAGUUUCUCGUCAAUGUUGGAUUUGAAUACUUUUUUUCUAUUAUAAAUUUAAAAACAAUUCUUCAAUUUAUAAUUUUAA